AUUGUUUAAAAAACAAUCCCAUCAAGAAGAUUGUUUAAAAAAAUAAUCCCAUAAAGAGUACAUUCAACACACUUGUUUUUUUGGUGUCAUUCUUGAGUUUUAUGGCUGUGUAAUUGUUAUAGAUUAUUCCUCUAUGCAUUGGUGAGUGCUACACGGACUUCCUUCCUAUUGUGGUGUACAAGAGAAUCUUGGGCGAAUGGAGAGCUGCGUAAUAUUUCAGCGUUUGUCAUGUGUUUGAAAGCCAUGAAAGGCAGCUUCGUUUAUUUUGAUCGCAUACCCAUGUUUGAUAAACCUUCAUUCACCAGUCUGUCUUGAUAUAUUAAUAGCUACCAAUAUGUUUUGUUUGCACAGUCGUAAUGAAGUGUUCCCACCCUCAUGUAAUGUGAGCAUUGUGCAAUCUCCACCUGACACUUGUGCACAGUUUGGAAAAAGUGCAACCUCGUAUGACCUUUUACAGCCUGGACAGUCAAUGAUUGGGCUGCUGAAAUAAAUGAUUCCCUCGCUUGUUCCUGCUCACUCUGUGUACUUUUUGAUGACAUGACACCGCCAAGAGGAGCAGAAGAAUUGGACAUCCUUGGCUCUUCCAAUCUACUGACACGUUUCUGUGCUCACGGAGGAACUUUGACCUCCGUCUAGGAGCUCAACGUGAUGUCAAGUGGAUGAGCAUCACUUAUGAGGUGCGGAUAACCAGACCCACGAGACAAAGGAAAAUCGCUGCCAUGUCCCAGUCCGCCCCGCCACCUAUCUUGUCCGUGGCGCCAACGCGGGCCCUGGUGGACGAGACCUUGAGGGUGCGGGUGGACAAUCUGCCUCCCAGGGCGCCCGUGACGCUGCGCUGCGAGCACCGGUCGGAGGACAAAGACUACUGGGAGGCUUACGGCCACUACGUCAGCGACGCCGCCGGAGCUGUUUCCGUUGCCGAUGACUUGAGUUUAGGAGGCACGUACUGUGGAAGAGAAGCUAUGGGUCUGCUGUGGAGCAUGCGACCCGUUCCCGGCAGCCGCACGGGCCUCAGGUUGAGGAAGAGGAACGUGCGCACGCCCAUGCUUUUCACCAUCUCCGUUUUCGCCGGCCACGUCGACCGCGACUUCGACGGCCGACCUCCUCUGGCGCGGGAGCUCGUCGAGAGGUGGUACGCGGCCCCGGGGGUCCGCCGGGUGGAGGUCGAGGACCGAGGAGUGCGAGGGACCCUCUUCAUCCCUUCGGGUCCGGGACCCUUCCCGGGGUUGCUGGACAUGUGGGGGGGCGGCGGGGGCCUACUGGAGUACCGCUCGGCUUUGCUGGCCUCGCACGGUUACGUCUCUUUGGCACUGGAGUACUUUGCCCCGGGCGAGCUGGCCUCCACGGACCUGGAGUUCCAGUAUUUUGAGACGGCCUUCGACCUGGUCCGACGGCAUCCCGCCGUCCUCCCCGACAGAGUGGGAAUAUUCGGCCUUUCCAUGGGCGCCAUGGUGGCCAUCUCCCUGGCGUCAGAGAGCGCCCGUGUCGAGCCCGCCUGUUGCGUUUGCAUCAGCGGCAGCCAUUUUUUCCCACGCGACCAACCCCUGAGUCAAAUCAGCCAACCCAACGCCAGAAACGUCGGCAAGAUUCGUCUGGACGACCAACAAAACCUCAUCUGGCGAGAUCUCGGCCUGCCCGUUUCCGGCGACCUGUCCCGAAAAGCGGACGUGAGGAGAAUCAACUGCCCUCUCUUGUUGGUCAACGGUCAGGACGACCAAAAUCAUCCGACGGUGGAGUACGCGGAAGAUAUUGAGCGUAUGAUGCGCUCGGCGGGGAAGGAGCAUCUUCUGACCCGUCUGGAGUACCCCGACACGGGUCACCUGAUCGAACCGCCGUACUCGCCCCACUUCCGAGCCACCAACUUCAUGUGGGACAGCAAGAAGGCCCGAGUCACCCUUUUGUGGGGCGGCCAAACCAAAGCCCACUCGGACGCCCAAGAGGACUCCUGGCACAAGAUAUUGGCCUUCCUGCAGCGGCACCUCUACUCGGCGCCGCGUCCGAAAGCCAGGAUGUGAGCUUCGCCUUUGGCCACGUACGAUGUUGAUUCGCUCCCAAACUGGAGGUCACCCAAGCAGCUAGCUCUUGUUUGAAAGGCCACUUGAUCGUAAAUAUAUGCCAAUAAGGUCAUUAUCGCAUGACUUUUUGAACUGUGGGAUCAAGACAUUCCAUCCAUGAGUCAAACUUUGAAUAUGUUCUGGUUGACUGUACAAUCAUCAUCAUCCCUCCUGAUAACAUGUUGGAUCAAUGUUCAAAUAUUCUUAGAUGGCUCAUCUUUAAAGUAUUAUGAUGGAUCAUUUAAGCUUCAUUUUAUAAACGCAGUGAUGUUGCCAUUGAACAAUAAAGCCGCUUCCGUUUCA